AUGAUAUCCGAUGUGCAGCUGGCCGUGUUCUGCAACGUUCUGGGGGUGUUUCUCUUCCUCCUGGUCGUUGCAUUCCAUUACAUAAACGCCAACAUGGGAAGUACAACCGCAAAACCACAUGGAACGUAUUUGGGUACGGCAAACUGCAUCAGUUUUCGUUAA